AUGGGUCUUGAGGAUUUCGAAAAGGAGCUAGCAGCCAACAAGACCAAAGAGUCUGAUAGCAAGCGACACAGCAGUAAAGACGACGAGCGACGACGUCACAAACACCACCACCGCUCGUCGCGCCAUGACGACUCGGACUCCAGGCACAAGCGCCGCCAUCACCGCGAGAGAGACGAUGAAGAAGACACCCGAGAGCGGCACUCUAAGCGAAGGCGCAGUCGCUCGCCCCGACCAACUCAGUCUCGGGAACCUGUUGUCGAAGACGACAAUGACUGGGUAGAGAAGGAGGCCAUGACUGCACCACCAACAGACGACAUCCUCGACGAGCAACUGGAAGCUGCAGCAAAUAAGAACCUCAAGCGCGACACGUGGAUGGAUGCCCCUUCAUCACUCAACGUUGACUACGUCCAGCGACAGCGACCCAAGUCCCCACCCUCACAGUUCGUCUCAGCAAAAGAUCAACUGGAUCGUAAGAUACAUCGCCAGGACCUAGAACAACUUGCAAGGGACUUGGAGGAAGAUGAUGAGGAGGUACAGGAACAACCACUCGUUGAUGAUAAACCUAUCCAUCACGACGUAACCUACACUUUCGGUGACCAAGGUUCUCAAUGGCGUAUGACCAAGCUGAAUGCUGUCUAUCGUCAAGCCAAAGAGUCGGGCCGAUCUGAAGAUGAAGUCGCUUUGGAACGGUUUGGCUCCUUGAGAGACUUUGAUGAUGCCCGUGAAGAAGAACGUGAGUUGGACCGCCGCCAAAUGUACGGAAACGACUAUGUCGGCCUCGAAAAGCCAAGCGGUGAGUUGUAUGCUGAGCGGAAACAAAAGGCUGCCUUGCGCCGCCCAUCACCUGAGCCUGCUGCCAAUCUUCCCGUGCUGCAACAUGCCAACCCCAAUCAGGGCCAAGUCAUGGACGAGGCUCCUCCACCAGCAACCACUGUAGCUCUGGAUCAGACCGCUCUGAACAAACUCAAAGCUCAGUUGAUGAAGGCAAAGUUGCGCAACGCUCCCAACGCUGCUGCUCUGGAAGCCGAGUAUGAAGCUGCUACCGCUUCAGCUGCCAACAACAAGCAGUCAGACGUAGUCGUAUUGAGCGCAGUCGAAAACCGUAUGCUCGCUGGGGGUCGUGGAUCUGAGGUAAAGCACAUUGAGAACAAGCGCGGUCGUGAACGAGGCCAUGUUGAGGAGAACGAAGACAUGAGCAUCGAAGACAUGGUCCGUCAAGAAAGGCGCACUCGUGGUAUGGCUGGCAGCGAGGGUAAAGCCUUUGCAGAGCGCAUUGCGAAAGAUGCAAAGUUUACUGAUGACCUUGAUUACAUGGAUGAGAACGCCAGCAAGCUUGCUAAACGAGUUGGCAAGUCUGAAAUCAACCUGCGCAAUACGGCUAUCGGAGACUUCCAGAAGAUGCAGAAAAUCCUCGACUCAUGUCCCUUGUGUCAUCAUGAAGACACGAAUACACCUCCAGCUGCACCUAUACUGUCCCUGGCCACCAGAGUCUACAUGACUUUGCAAACAGAACCUGAGCUCGCGACAGGUGGAGCUGUCAUUGUCCCCAUCCAACACCGUCUUAAUCUGCUGGAAUGCGACGAUGAUGAAUGGGAAGAGAUACGCAACUUCAUGAAGAGCCUGACCCGCAUGUACUACGAGCGUGAGAAAGGUGUCAUCUUCUACGAGAACGCAGCCCACAUGCAUAGUCGACGUGGCCACGCAGCACUCUUUGCCGUACCCGUGCCUCUUCACCUCGCUGACAACGCGCCUGCGUUCUUCAAGGAGGCGAUCUUGAGUGCCGACGAAGAAUGGAGUCAACACAAGAAACUCAUCGACACCCUUGCAAACUCGCAACGUGCAGGAUAUGGCAAGCAAGCAUUCAGGAAGAGUCUGGUCAAGGAGAUGCCCUACUUCCACGUCUGGUUCAACUUGGAUGGAGGGUUAGGCCAUGUGAUCGAAGACGAGCGCAGAUGGCCCAAGGGUGAUUUUUUUGCAAGAGAGGUCAUUGGGGGAAUGCUGCGAAAGGGGCCGGAGAUUAUCAAGAAGCAGGGUAGAUGGAUCAGACAAGAUCCCAGAGUCGAAAGCUUCAGGAAACGCUGGGAGAAGUUCGAUUGGACAAGCGUGCUGAUGGGCUGA